AUGAUGCUCAAAUCUCUUCUGUUGGCCUCUGGAGCCAUCCGCGCUGUUCAUGGUUGGGGUGUUUUAGGUCAUGCUACUGUUGCCUACAUUGCUCAACGCUUUCUUGAUGAUGAUGUUGCCUCCUGGGCACAGGGUGUUCUGGGAGAUACCUCAGACUCAUACCUUGCCAGCAUCGCCUCGUGGGCUGACACCUACCGCACAACGGCAGCUGGAAAAUGGUCAGCUCCUCUACACUUUAUUGAUGCAGAGGACAGCCCACCAACAAACUGCAAUGUCGACUAUGACCGCGACUGCGGAAGUUCUGGAUGCUCCAUCUCCGCUGUUGCCAACUACACUCAACGUGUAGGAGAUAGCCGUCUGACAAAAGCAAACAAGGCUGAGGCUCUCAAGUUCCUCGUCCACUUUUUGGGUGAUAUCACCCAGCCACUGCACGAUGAGGCCUACGAAGUUGGCGGAAACGAUAUCAAGGUCACCUUUAACGGGUACUCUGGUGAUAAUCUGCAUUCAGACUGGGACACGUAUAUGCCCGAGAAGCUGAUCGGUGGCCACGCCCUGACCGACGCUCAAUCGUGGGCCAACACACUCAUCUCUGAUAUCGUGUCUGGCUCUUACAAGUCCAAAGCUGCUUCUUGGAUCGCAGACAGCGACGUGACUGAUCCCAUCGCAUCAGCUACGGCCUGGGCUUCAGAUGCUAAUGCUUUUGUCUGCACCGUUGUCAUGCCCAACGGUGCUGCAGCCUUGCAGACAGGCGAUCUCUACCCGACAUACUACAACUCUGUGAUCCCAACCAUCGAGUUGCAGAUUGCCAAGGGCGGUUACCGCCUGGCCCAUUGGCUGAACAGCAUCUACUCUGCUAAGAUUGCGACUCGUUCUACGCAUAAGCUGAAUGCGCGAAAGCCACUGCCAGACUUGAUGGGAAGAGAUCUGCUUCCUGCUGCCCGACCUUUGAGUCGUGCUAAAUUGGCGAGGGAGGCAAUGAGUGGAAGCUGCUGUGGUUCAGGACAUUCUCAUUAG